UGCGCGGGUUUGGACGGAAGCGAGAAAAGUGAUUGUAGCUAUCCUAGCUAUCAACUUACUUAUUGAAGCCAUCGCCCGUUUUUACAUUAAUUAGUGGUGCUUUUGCGGUAAGUUAUACUUUGUCUUAAAGUUACACGUUAAAAAGCAACGAUAAUAUAUUUAUUGUGGAUAUAUCCAAGAACGAAGUGCUACAAACAGUUCCUCUGAUUUAAUGGGUGGUUUGUUAAAUCGCUAAAGCCAUGUUCGUGUAAUGUUCGAUAUACCAAGUGUUUAAUGGAUUGUUGUGGUUUUGCCAAAUAAAUUGGAGUGGCUACAACCCCCAAAAUACAAUAUAAAUAGAGAAUUGUAUAGAGGAGAAAUUUUCCUGAGAGCCCAAAUCUUCAGUAAAUAAGCACAAGAAUGCGAGAAUAUAAAAUUGUAGUGCUGGGAUCUGGUGGUGUUGGAAAAUCAGCCCUUACAGUACAAUUUGUUCAAGGAGUGUUUGUGGAAAAAUAUGAUCCUACGAUAGAAGAUAGUUACAGAAAGCAAGUGGAAGUAGAUGGUCAACAAUGUAUGUUAGAAAUAUUGGAUACAGCAGGAACAGAACAAUUUACAGCAAUGAGAGACUUAUAUAUGAAAAAUGGACAGGGUUUUGUUUUGGUUUAUUCCAUUACUGCACAAUCUACUUUCAAUGAUCUGCAGGAUCUUAGGGAACAAAUUUUGAGAGUCAAGGACACUGACGAUGUUCCAAUGGUGCUGGUGGGCAAUAAAUGUGAUUUAGAGGAAGAAAGAGUGGUAGGUAAAGAACAUGGUGUAAAUCUUUCGCGCCAGUUUAACUGUGCCUUUAUGGAGACCUCUGCCAAAGCCAAAACUAAUGUUAAUGAUAUAUUCUAUGAUUUAGUACGACAAAUCAAUAAAAAAUCCCCCGAAAAGAAACAGAAACAGAAAAAAAAAUCCAUUUGUGUUCUUCUUUAAAAGGAACUUAAAAAAUGUAUGAGACUAUAUUAUGUUGCAUGAAAGUGUGUAAACGUGAAGGCAAGUGCGGAGAAAGGGCAGAAUCCCAGUGUUGGACCAAGAGACCGCAUCAUCUUUUGUUUAGUAUUAAUUCAAGAAAUUAGCGUUUAUUGUAGGUAUUUUUUCUCAAUUGUAAAAUCAAUCUUAUUCAUUAAUCAUAUUGCUAAUUGUAAUUAUCAUGCCUUUAAAGUUUUGUAAGUCAGUUUCAAGAUUUUAAUUCUCUUUCAUAUUGUAUGUAGUUCUUUUAUUGAGUACAGCUCUGUAAGUAAACAAUUUAAUAAUAAUUAUUCAUUUUGAUCGUUUUAGGGGCUUUUACCUUUAGAAAAGGCUUCAUAUUUAAAUUGUGCAACAUUAUUGUUAGUAUUUAGUUUUUAUGUGCAUUAAUUUAUUAUUUGCUAUUUACCUUUUUUUAUUACAACGACUAUUUUAUGUUUUAAUUUUACUUGAGGAAAUUUGAUUUUUCCUUUUUCAUUUUAUUUCAUAAUUACAAUUGCAAUUCAAAGGCUUGAAACUGACAAUUUUAAAUAAAAUUGUUGAUAAGAAAAGAAAAUAAAAGCAAUUGUAGUUCUAAUGUCAUUUUUUAUAAAGUUACUGCCAAAUGGUGAAACAUGUUUUGUGAAUUAAGACUACAAGACAAUAUUCUUGAAUUAUAAUACUUAUUAGAGUAUUUUGUAUGAAUCUGAUAGUGCUUUUGAGUUAAUCUGUGAUUAAGAAAGUGUGCAAGCUAGGUUGGUAUAAGGUUAAUGAGUUGAUCAGAAGUUCUUAAUAUGAUUAGCUGUUUUUAAAGAAAAAAAUAAUACUACACAGCCUUGCUUGCAGAUCUGAAAUCAUUAACUAAAUCUGGUAGUAUUUAAUAGUAUACUUUUGUAACUUUAAAGUGAUUCAGAAUUGAGACAGUUAAUAACAUUUUACACAACACGAUAAUUUGUACAAUGGUCAGGUAACGACUUUAUUUUUUAUAAACAAAAACUAUAUAAACAAUAUGUGAAGACUAUUGCAUGUUAUUUGUAUCAAAAUAUAUAUAUUAGUAUUUAAA